GUGACCUUCAGGGCCCGGGCGGCGGGCGCAGGCCCCGGCGGCGGCGGCGGCGGCGCGAUGUUCGUGCAGGAGGAGAAGAUCUUCGCGGGCAAGGUGCUGCGGCUGCACAUCUGCGCGUCGGACGGCGCCGAGUGGCUGGAGGAGGCGACCGAGGACACCUCGGUGGAGAAGCUCAAGGAGCGCUGCCUCAAGCACUGUGCUCCCGGGAGCUCGGAAGACCCCAAAAGCGUGAGCCAUCACAAGUUAAUUCACGCCGCCUCCGAGAGGGUGCUGAGUGAUGCCAGGACGAUCCUGGAGGAGUCGGUCCAGGACGAAGGCUUUCGAAACGGAGGCCCUGGAGGAAGAACUCGGGUCGCCUCUGCUGACCCACAGCAGGCGCUUGCCAGGCCCGGGGCCGUGGAUGUCCUGCUGUUGAUCAGAAAGCGGGCCCCGUCGCCUCUCCCGAAGAUGGCUGAGGUCUCGGCGGAAGAGAAGAAGAAACAAGAGCAGAAGGCCCCGGAUAGAGACGCUAUAUUCAGAGCCACGGCCAACCUGCCCUCCCGCGACAUGGACCGGGCCGCGGUGCAGACCAGCCCGAGAGACUUCCAGACCGAGCUCCGGAAGAUCCUGCUGUCCCUCAUCGAGGUGGCACAGAAGCUGCUGGCGCUGAACCCGGACGCCGUCGAGCUGUUCAAGAAGGCCAACGCCAUGCUGGACGAGGACGAGGACGAGCGUGUGGACGAGGCGGCCCUGCGGCAGCUCACGGAGAUGGGCUUCCCCGAGAGCAGGGCCGUGAAGGCGCUGCGCCUGAACCAGUACGUGCAGCGGCCCCUGGAGCCCGCGCCGCUUGCAUCGUUUCCCAACAUGUCGGUGCCUCAGGCCAUGGAGUGGCUCAUCGAGCACGCGGAAGACCCCACCAUAGACACGCCGCUGCCGGGCCCGGCCUCGCCGGGAGAGGCGGCCGCCGCGGGGCCCAGCGCCGGGCCCAGCGCGGAGGAGGGGGACGAGGAGGCCCGGGACGAGCUGACGGAAAUCUUCAAGAAGAUCCGGAGGAAAAGGGAGUUUCGUGCCGACGCUCGGGCCGUCGUCUCCCUGAUGGAGAUGGGCUUCGACGAGAAGGAGGUGAUGGACGCCCUCCGGGUGAACAACAACCAGCAGAACGCCGCCUGCGAGUGGCUGCUGGGAGACCGCAAGCCCUCUCCCGAGGAGCUGGACCAGGGCAUCGACCCCGAGAGCCCCCUCUUUCAGGCCAUCCUGGACAACCCGGUGGUGCAGCUGGGCCUGACCAACCCCAAGACGCUGCUAGCGUUUGAAGACAUGCUGGAGAACCCGCUGAACAGCACCCAGUGGAUGAACGACCCUGAGACGGGGCCGGUCAUGCUGCAGAUCUCCAGGGUCUUCCAGACCCUGAACCGCUCGUAGGCCGCGCAGCGCGGCUCCUCUGCGCACCCCCAGCCGAGUCGGGGCAGGAGCGCCGACCCCCGGGGCCCCAGGCCGGGGGCGGAGAGGGGCCGGGGCUGCGGCUUCCACCUUCCUGCUGCACACCUCGGACGCCGCGUCUCCAGCCUCUGCCAGUGUUUACAGACAAGUGGCUGUCACACCGAGAAGGGUCGUCUCCCUCCGAGGGUCCCUGUGGGCUCUUGAAAUGCUACUUGAAUUGGCCUGUAGGCGCUGCUUGUAGAGUCCACGUGUUAUUUGAGAGAGGAGGCAUGUUUCAACCCAAAGUGUUAACGUCAAAGGUACUAACUUAAGUAGAAUUCACAGAUGACUUUCUUUAAUAAAUAAAUCCCCUUUUGCAGUUUC